AUGGAGCAUCCGAUGCAAAGGAGCGACGAGGGCGGCCUGCGCGGCAGCAGCAUGCGUGCCGGCAUGGACGAGCUGGAUCUCAUGGAGGAGUUCCUGCUCGCGUCGCCCGGGCCAGACUUCCCCGAGUUCCUGCACCCCGGCGGCGCGUCGCCGAGCCCCUUCUCCCCGCUCUUCGACCUCGGCAGCACCAUCACCACCGCCCCGGCCGGCGGCGGCGACGACGACGGCGAGGACGGGGACGACGAGUCGCGCCGCGCGUGGCUGAUCCAGCCGCAGGAGGCGCCGGCGUCGGUGAAGGAGCGGCUGGGGCGCGCGCUGCAGGGCAUCGCGUCGCGGUCGCGCGGGGCGGCGGGCGAGCUGCUGGUGCAGGUGUGGGUGCCCACGCGCAUCGGCGACCGCCAGGUGCUCACCACCUGCGGCCAGCCCUUCUGGCUCGACCGCCGCAGCGACCGCCUCGAGAGCUACCGCACCGUGUCCGUCAAGUACCAGUUCUCCGCCGACGAGACCUCCUGCGCCGAGCUGGGGCUCCCCGGCCGCGUCUUCGUCGGCCGCGUCCCCGAGUGGACGCCCGACGUGCGCCUCUUCACCGACAACGAGUACCCGCGCGUCCGCUACGCGCAGCACUUCGACAUCCGCGGCAGCGUCGCCAUGCCGGUCUUCGAGCGCCGCACCGGCGCGUGCCUCGGCGUCGUCGAGCUCGUCAUGACCACCCAGAAGAUCAACUACAACGCCGAGAUCGACAACAUCUGCAACGCUCUCAAGGGGGAAGAUGUGAUAACUACCGGGCACGCCGAUCCCCGAGAGGUUGAUCUCAGAGGUUCUGAUGUUUCAAGCGAUCCUCGCGCACAGGUGGUCGAUACUUCCUACCGAGCAAUUGUACCAGAGAUCGCGCAUGUUCUCAAAGCUGUUUGUGAGACCCAUAAGUUGCCACUGGCCCAGACAUGGAUACCCUGCGUCUGCCAGGCCAAAAGGGCGAGCCGCCACUCCGACGAAAAAUACAAGUACUGUGUCUCCACCGUGGACGAAGCGUGUUAUGUCGGCGAUCCCGCCAUGACUGGCUUUCACCAGGCUUGCUCCGAGCAUCAUCUGUUCAGGGGUGAGGGUGUUGUCGGCACGGCGCUCGGGACAAAUGAGCCAUGUUUCUGCCCAGACAUUACUGCCUACAGCAAGGUCCAAUACCCUCUCUCACAUUAUGCAAAGCUUUUCGGCCUAAGGGCCGCGGUGGCAAUUCGGCUGCGAAGCGUCAAGACCGGGAGUAUGGAUCUUAUCUUGGAAUUUUUCUUGCCAAACAACUGCAUAAAUAGUGAAGAGCAAGGGAACAUGCUCAAUUCUCUGUCCAAUACCAUACAACAAGCCUCCUGUACACUGCGAGUUGUCGGCGUGAAAGAACUGGCGAAUGAUGGAUCGCCUGAAACUAGCUCGCCAACCCCACCAGAAGUUUGUGACAAGCCUGCUGAAAUCUUGGAUGAGCUUGCUAGUGGCAUUGAUAUUCCUGCAAGGACAACAUCAGUGGAUGCUUCCGAGGAGGUAUCUUCAUGGAUUGCAAGCCUUGUGGAUGUUCAGAAUAAUGCGGCGCAGGCAGAAACAGAUUGUGGCCUGCCAUUUGGGUUCAGGAAACAAGAGGAUGAAGGGUUUAGUGUAACAGCUGGCUGGCCAACUUCACCGGUGCUAGUACCUGAAGAUAAAAGUUUCUUUCCAGGGUUUAAGAAGCAUGAAGAAUAUGAGGCCAAGGGUUCACCUUUUUCCAGUGAUCGAAGCCUCUCAAACUCAGACAAAGCAAUAGAGAAGCGGCGAACUAAAAUUGAGAAAACGGUGAGCCUGCAAGAACUCCGGAAGCAUUUCGCUGGUAGUUUGAAAGAAGCUGCAAAGAAUUUAGGAGUGUGCCCUACUACAUUGAAGAGAAUAUGCAGACAUCAUGGAAUUGAUCGUUGGCCAUCAAGGAAGAUCAAGAAAGUUGGGCACUCUCUAAAGAAAUUGCAAAUGGUCAUUGAUUCGGUACAUGGAGCUGAAGGAACAGUUCGGCUGAGUUCACUCUAUGAGAAUUUCACCAAGACUACAUGGUCAGAAAGAGAAUUGCACGGAGAUCUGAGUUAUCCAGCAUCAGAGCAAAAGGUUCAGCUGGAGCCUUCAGUUCCUGAUCGACAGUGCGAGAGCAGAUUCAGUCCCCAUACCUCUGGCUCUAAUUCCCUCUCACCCACCUACAGCCAGAGCUCAAAUUCUAGCCUGGGCUGCUCCAGCGAUCCAAAGCCUCAACAACAGCAAAGCAGCGCUCCUCAGCUUGCGGUGAAGCAGGAAUUUUUCAUGGAGGAGAAUCAGAGUUCGACACAGAUGAAAGCUGCGAGCCACGACGAACUGCAGUUAUUUACUGAAGAGAAACCUGUCACCCUUUGUAGGUCUCAGAGUCACAUGCUAUUCAGUGAACACAAACCAAUGGCAAACAUGUCAGGCAUGCAAGAAGCCAAGCCUGAUUCUCUCAAGAUAAAAGCCAUGUAUGGCGAGGAAAGAUGCAUAUUCCGGCUUCAGCCUAGUUGGGGCUUUGAAAAGCUAAAAGAAGAAAUCGCAAAGCGGUUCGGCAUUUCUCGGGAAAUUUAUGACCUCAAGUACUUGGAUGAUGAGUCGGAGUGGGUUCUUUUGACAUGUGAUGCAGACCUUCUGGAGUGUAUCGAUGUGUACAAGUCAUCAAGUGCUAAAACAGUUAGGAUCUCUGUGAACCCUACAGUUCAACCGGCACUCCGUGGUUCCUUCGGUUAA